GUUACGUCCUCAAGGUCUUCGCAUAUAACGUUGUCCAUGUUCCAUAUAUCAAGUGCUUUUAACGUGAUUAAAUCAUGACAAAAUUGGUGGAGAAACGGAAGGCAGUCAACAGAGAAGUCAAUGGGAUACAAGAUCAAAGGAUACAAUCUGUCUCAGUGCUGAAUCAGGAGUCUUCGGAAUCAACAGACGUUUUUGGAAGAAUUCACUUGCCCAUUCAUGAUGUGAAGCAUCAGAUAAUGGAUGUUCUUCAUAAAAAUCAAACGACCAUCCUCAUUGGAGAAACCGGAUGUGGAAAAAGUACACAAGUACCACAGUUUUGUGUCCGUAUGGGACUCGCAAAGAAUGGCCGCAUAGGCGUAACACAACCACGGCGUCUUGCAGCUGUUUCUCUCGCACAUCGCGUAGCAUGGGAGAUGCAUUCUCCUUUUCGGGAAAAGGUCGGAUACCAUGUUCGUUUCGAGAAGGAGCUAUCCAAUAGCGCGCAAAUAGUCUUUCUCACUGAUGGUAUUCUACUAAGGGAGGCUAUGCAUGAUCCUUUACUGAGAGAAUACGACACGAUCAUAGUAGAUGAAGCUCACGAACGAAGUCUCAAUACUGAUAUUCUUUUGAACGUGUUGCGAUUAUGUCAGAGACAACGAAAGGAGUCCAGCUUACGUCGUCUGCGGUUAGUGAUCAUGUCCGCUACGCUUGAAGCUAAACUGUUUUCCUCAUACUUCGAUAAUGCUCCUGUUUACGUCAUCAAAGGCCGUACUUUUCCGGUUGAGAUUUUCCAUGCUGAAGUGAAUCCUGACAACUCUGAUUACAUCUACAACACACUUGUCUGCAUCAAAGACCUCCACCAGGACGAACCCCUGAGUGACCACUUUCUCGUCUUUCUCACCGGUCGAGAGGAAAUUGAGAUGGUUGCCAGAAAACUGCGUGAACUCAACAAAUACUUUGCUGCACCAAUUUAUCCUGUACCUCUGUUUGCAGCAAUGAGUGCCACUUCUCAGAUGAAAGCAUUUGAGCCUCCACCUGAGGGCCAUCGCAAGGUUGUGAUAGCUACAAAUAUUGCGGAAACAUCGCUGACUAUUCCAGGAAUAAGAGUUGUUAUUGAUUCAGGGAAAGUCAAAACGAGAUCAUUUACUGCUGCUGAACGUAUAGAUGUGCUACGAGUCCAUGACAUCAGUAAAGCGCAAGCAAUGCAACGAGCUGGGCGUGCAGGUCGCGAAGCUCCAGGAAAAUGCUUUCGGCUUUACUCUGUCGAGACUUUUGGAAAAAUGCAAGAAUCUAGUAUCCCUGAAAUUUUGCGGAGCAACUUGGCAAGCGUGCUCUUGGAAAUGUUAGCACUUGGUCUUCGACGUCCCCGGAAAUUAAAACUCAUUCAGCAACCAGAAAUGGACAGUUUGAUAGCUGCAGAGCACGAACUCUUGGCUUUGGGAGCAGCAUCACUCCAUAGUAAGGAAUUGAGACUGACUGAAAUUGGGAAAAUUUUAUGCAAAUUUCCUCUUACGCCGGAUCAAGCCAGGGUCCUCAUUUUUGCGAAUGACUUGUCCUGCGUGGAGGAAGCUCUCACUGUCAUUGCUGCUAUGUCUUGUGAGACAGUGUUCGAUCAGGAGAGUCGAGGUGGAAGCGAAGACAUAGAGCGUGCUCGAAAUCGGUUCUCUUCAAGCGCGGGCGACCACCUAACAAUAUUAAAUGUCAUCCAGGCGUUCAAACAGCAGAAGCGAUCGAACAGCAGCCGAUUAAAGGAAUGGUGUAGCAGCAAUUAUGUCAAUUUCAAGAAUCUAACUAUGAUUUUAAAAGUGCGGAAACAGCUCCAUCAAAUCGCCAGUGAGUGUAAGAUGCAUAUCACGUCCUGCGGUGCGCAACGCGAUAAGUUGAGGCAAGCUUUGGCAUGCGGCUUAUUCAUGAAUGUAUGCGAGUACGAUCGCGGUGAGGAUCGAUAUAGAUUGCUCGUGAAACCAAGUACUACUGUGAAGAUACAUCCAUCUUCUGGGCUUUCUCGUUCGCGACCGAUGCAUAUGGUUUUUACCGACCUCGUCAGAACGACAGAUUUGUACGCCAGAGACGUUUCCAUUGUCGAUCGAGAGUGGGUAGGCAUCGCGAUAGAGGAGUAUAAGAGGAAUGCCAAGAACUUUGCAUAAUUGGAUCGUUUAUUGCUUGUUUUGUUGAACUCAAUCUGUUAUUUGUUGAUUUGAUUUGCUUUGAAUGAACUUCUGUCA